UGUAUAUUAAAAAUUAGAAAAAUAAUUAGAAUGGUAAUGCUUUUGAUGGACGAGAGUCUACACAGAAACCAUCAUCGUAAAAUCAAAGAAAAUAAGUUUAAAAUAAUUUCGAUUAUUCACUCGAAUAAUUAAAUUAAAGGGAAGCAAAUUGUUUUUUAAAAUGAGAACCAUUGCUUUUGAAAAAAAAACCAAUUUUAGGAGAAUCAUAUUCAAAUUUAGCCAUAAUAAAUUCUAUUUUAAAACAUUAGGUUAAGCAAUAGUUAUCCAGCUUAAUAGAAAUUUAAAGCUAAAUGAUUAUGGUUAUAUGUCUUCACAUUAAUUUCAAUUUGAUUUAAUUAAACUGAGCAAUAAAAAUCAUCACCAGCCAAACAACUUAUUGAAUCCUUGAG